AUGCCUUCCUUUAAUGUCGUUGUCUUUGGUGGGGACCACUGCGGUCCCGAGGUUACGGCCGAGGCCAUUAAGAUCCUCAAGGUCAUCGAGAAGAACCGUGAUGUCACCUUCAACUUGCAGGACCACCUGCUCGGCGGCGCCUCUAUCGAUGCCACUGGUACUCCUUUGACCGACGAAGCCCUCGAGGCUGCUAAGAACGCUGACGCUGUCCUUCUGGGUGCUAUCGGCGGACCGAAAUGGGGUACUGGCGCCGUUCGUCCCGAGCAGGGUAUCCUGCGUCUGCGCAAGGAGAUGGGCACAUUCGGAAACCUGCGGCCUUGCAACUUCGCCGCGCCUUCGCUGGUCGAGAGCUCCCCGCUCAAGGCCGAAGUGUGCCGGGGCGUCGACUUCAACAUCAUCCGUGAGCUGACAGGCGGUAUUUACUUCGGUGACCGCAAGGAGGACGAUGGCUCUGGCUUCGCUAUGGACACCGAGCCCUACUCGCGCGCUGAGAUCGAGCGCAUCACCCGCCUCGCUGCCAACCUCGCCCUCCAGCACAACCCACCUCUCCCCGUGUGGAGCUUGGAUAAGGCCAACGUGCUGGCUACCAGCCGUCUGUGGCGCAAGGUUGUCACUGAGGUUAUGGCCAAGGAGUUCCCCCAGGUCUCCAUCAACCACCAGCUUAUCGACUCCGCGGCCAUGAUCAUGGUCAAGAACCCCCGCCAGCUGAACGGUAUCGUCGUCACCAGCAACUUGUUCGGUGAUAUCAUCAGUGAUGAGGCCAGUGUUAUUCCUGGCUCCCUUGGCCUGUUGCCCAGUGCCAGCCUGAGCGGUAUUCCUGAUGGUAAGAGCCGUGUCAACGGUAUCUACGAGCCCAUCCACGGCUCUGCCCCCGAUAUUGCCGGUCAGGGUAUCGUCAACCCCGUUGCCGCUAUCCUCUCCGUUGCCAUGAUGCUGCAGUACUCCUUCGGCAUGAUCGACGAUGCCCGCAUCAUCGAGAAGGCCGUCAGCAAUGUUAUCGAGGCUGGUGUUCGCACCGGUGACAUCGGUGGCAAGGCCACCACCGCCGAGGUCGGUGAUGCUGUCGCUGUCGAGCUUGAGAAGCUGCUCAAGUAA